AUGCCGCCGCAGGAGUAUUUGCAUGCAGCGCUCGCGACGGGGCAGGAAGUCGACGGGGGAGUUGGCGACGGGGCAGGCGGCGAGUUGGACGCGAACGAGCCGGCACGAAUUGCGCACAAAAGCACUCGACUGCGCACAAUGCAGAGGGGGCGGGCACCAGGCCAAAUCAAAUUCGCAGAAUUUAAUAUGACUUCAACGAAACAUCCGACGAAGGCAGAGAAAACUAGAAGUGAGUGCAAACUACUAGCAGAGGUUGCUGGUUUGAAGGAAAAUAAUAGAGAACUCGCCAAAUCAUUGGCCGAAAAGAGAAAGGAAAAUAUUGAAUUAAGAGAAAUGCAAAAUAAGUACAAUAAGCACAUUCUUAACAUUGCUUCAUCAGAAAAAUUUACUUCCGACGGAGUGACUUCCACGUCUCCAAAUGUAAGUGGCAUUUCUGAUGAGGCGAGUCAGUUGGAUAAAACCGAAACUACAGUCGUAUACGUAAACGGAGCACAACAUAUUAAUGAUGUGUCGGCAAUGGUCAACUCAAUUGGAGCUGAUACAUACCAUUACUCACAGGAUGAAAAUUUUCAAAAUUUUCUUGCCGACGAGGAAACAAUAAUUCGGAGAGGGGUAGACCAGUCGUUAGUAAUACCACAUAAUACUGCGAUUCCUCUCAUUUCAAUGGAGGACAAUAACGAUCAGUUCUUUAGCCACGCGCAAGAAAAAGUGCUGCGAACAAGUGGUCCUUCUGAUGUAGAGCAUCAGGAAGGCGAACAACAGCCCGAAAACCACAUCAUGUCCUUGAAGCUUUUAGCACAUUCGGCAAAUUUAGCCAAUGCUUUAACAAGAAAUGAGGUGAAAGAGAAAGUUAAAUCAAAUGCGACCGAGCAGAGAGGUGUUGAACUUCAUAGAAAAUACCCUAUAAUUCUCCAAAAUCCAGUUCCAACAAAUACUAAAAUGCAAACGUCGUGUAAAUAUUCAGUAGCAGAGACAGAAGAACGCCGCACUACUAAAUUAUUCAAUACAUCUCCUGGAAGAGAAGGAAAAGACCACUAUUCACAAUGUUUCACAAAUUCUAAUUUAUUUCAAUCCUUGGAACAACACAAUUGUAUUUUCAAUAGAACAGUCCGAAGAUCUGCUGACAAAAAUGAAUAUACAAUAUAUUGUGAUUCGAGCUCUCCAAAUGCUGAUACUGAAAAAUAUUUGCGACGUUAUCAAACUCUU